GAGGCUACAGGCUCGGCUUCUGGAGAAGACGAGGAAUCGGGGGAGACAUCUUGAGAAUUGUUUCACUGUCUUGGCAGCAGAGUUUCCUUGACAACUGACAGAGAUCAGAAUAACUCUCACUCCGGCUGUUUUCUGGACUGGGCUCUUCUGUCUACCAGAUUUCACGGCGAAACCCGGGGAAUGCCCAAUAUCUAAACCAACUUGUGAAAUCCCCGAAGUUAUGAGUGAGGAGCCGGUUUCCAAAUCUCCCAGCCAGGCUCCGCACAGACCAAAGGAUGAAAACACUCUCCCAGAAAGCAGCAUACCUGCUGCACCUCCUCCCUGCCCCGUACCCACACCAGUGCCAGCUGGACAGACUCCAUAUCCUCCUUAUUUUGAAGGAGCCCCCUUCCCUCAGCCCUUAUGGGUGCGCCACAGCUACAGCCAAUGGGUACCUCAGCCCCCUCCGCGACCAAUCAAGAGAAAGAAGAGGCGAACGCGAGAGCCUGGCCGGAUGACCAUGAGUACUAUCCGUCUGCGUCCACGGCAGGUACUAUGUGAAAAGUGCAAGAACACACUGAAUAGUGAUGAGGACAGCAAAGAUGGCAUAAGCAACACUAAGACUUCUAGAAAAGAGAAUGCACUACAGAGCGAUGAGGAGGGGGACGACAAGGAUACCCCCUCCAAGCUGUCGAGAAAAGAGGAUGUAGUUGCAACCAAGGACACUAAGAGACGUGAAAAUGGCACCAGCCUUGACAGCAAGCGCCUCAGGAAGGACAAAAGGGUCGAAGCUGAAGGGGAGAAGUUCCCCGGAGGUGACGUUAUCCCUCACAGUCCUGUCAUAAAGAUCUCCUACAGCACUCCGCAGGGCAAGGGGGAGGUCAUGAAGAUCCCCUCCAGAGUCCACGGUUCAGUCAAGCCGUUCUGCCCCAAACAGCUGGUGCAGAAUGGUGUGGAAGAAAAUGGCAAAACGUCUUCUGAUCCCACCAAGGAGCAACGGCACAUUUUAGAUGCCACGAGGUCCGGCCUCACCGUGUCCAUUCCCAAACUCAAACUAACCAGGCCUUAUACAACCGUGGGUCAGGACUUGCCUUCCCCAAAGAUCCGCUUGAGACCUCCUCCGAGGGAAGGUGAGGAGAGCGUGGUCGAGUAUGAGGCAGAACUUGUAGGUGGCACCAGGAGACGAAGCCCCAGGGUGCCUGGUCCCUGUCUCCCCCACUCUGAAGACUCAGGGGAAGGCAAGAACUCUCUGGAGCUGUGGUCCGGGAGUUCAGGGGAGGAGGCGGAGCGCGGCCACAGCGACCUCACGCUCCUCAUCAAUUUCCGUAAGCGCAAAGCGGACUCUUCUAGCCUGUCGGUCUGCAGCAGCGACAGUCUAGACGAGUCCAAGUCCUUCAGCUCUGACGGCACCUCACCGGAGCUGUGCGACCUGGCCCCAGGUGAAGAUCUCUCUGUAACCUCAUCUUCUGUGCCCUCACGGGAAGACUGCAAGACGGUGCCACCGCUAACAGUGAGGCUUCACACCCGCAGCAUGACAAAGUGUGUAACAGAAGAGGGUCACGCCGUGGCGGUGGGCGACAUCGUGUGGGGGAAGAUUCACGGCUUCCCCUGGUGGCCAGCGCGCGUCCUCAGCAUCAGCGGCACCCGCAAACAGGAGACGGCCAGUUGCGAGGCCCAGUGGCCCCAGGCGAAGGUGGCGUGGUUUGGUUCACCCACCACGUCGCAGCUCUCCGUUGCCAAACUGUCGCCCUUCAGGGAGCUCUUCAGGUCCCGCUUCAACCGCAAGAAGAAAGGGAUGUACCGGAGAGCCAUCCUGGAGGCAGCCAAGGCCGUCGGCCACAUGAGCCCAGAGAUUACAUCACUGCUCACCCACUGCGACACGUAGAGGCUGAGGACAGACCAGAGGACUGUUUUUUUUUUUUUUUUUUUUCUGAAUUCUGAGACUGUCAUCAAGACACAGGAGGGGAGUACGUGAGGUUGCCACGGCUACAAUUUAUAUGCCGUUUUAUUUUUUUUUGUUUUUUUCUUUUUCACAAGGCUGGUUGAAAAAUGGCCGCCAAGGUGGAGUGUCGUUGAGACUGGAUAAGGGAGCAAAAAAAAAAGGCCAGGCAUCUCCAUGGUCUACUAUGAACUGAACUGUUCCUCUUUUUUUUUUUUUUUUUUUUCUAGAUUUAAUCAUAUUUCAAUAGAGCCGAGUAACGACACUACAAGGACCCAAAUGUAUUUAUUAUCUGUAACGGUUUAUUAUGAUCCAACCUUCUACUACAAUCUCGCAAAAAAAAAACAAACUACAACCUCCCAGUCUGCUGCUGUCAUUAUCACGGUCCUCGCUGCUGAUGUGUUCGCUGCGAGGUCCGACUCGUCCGGCCGGAGGAAGCCGGCGCCAUCUUCAAUGGAAUGCCCACCAACCCAUCCCGUCCCCCUCCUUUUGGACCCGAGACAUUUUUACCACGGUUGAAAGUCUUAUCCUCUUCCUUCUGAAAAUGUGAACGGCUCCAUCCAGAGACAGUAGUGACUGUUCCAGCUCUCCGAGCGAUCAGUGUUCCAUCCUCGUAGCCUUCUGCGACAUUAGUUGGAUUUGUGGAUGUAUUUAUACUGAACUCUUAUUCCUCUCCUGAAUCAUGUUGUGUCUUCUUCCAUUUCAUUUUUUUUUUUUUACUUUAGGAGUGUCACGUCACCGAACUCCACCCCUCCACCCUUUCCCUCCAACUCUUUGUUGUUCCUGAGAACCAUUUUUUUUUUGCAUCACUUUAAUUAUUUAAAGAUUCACGUUUUAAGGAAAAAAAAAAAGCACUUUAUCUGUACCUUGGUGGCCUGCUGUAAGCUCACUGUCUGAAACACUAUUGCGAGAUACAGCCCUGAUAGGCAGCAGGGGGGGUUCAGAAGUCUUUGUGGUUGACUAUCCAUGGCCUUGGAGAUACACAGAAAAUCUUUUCUUUAUUUUAUUGUACGAUUUUUGGGGACACCAGACACGGAUUGGUUGUGCACACUGUAUUCUCGCGUUUUGACUUGUUUCUCUCUCAGUUUAUUCGAUACACACACACAAACACAAACACACACUACGAAAAAUGUAACAUUUCCACUGGAGAAACAUGGGUGAACAAAUGUGUCAAAGCCCCCUAUGCAUUAUCAGUUAAAGCUUUAUGACUGGGAGAAAAAAGAUCAUAACAACAUGCUGUAAGAAUACUGUGAAUUCAACUGCUGAGUGUGCUGAAGGGAAAAAAAAAAAAAAAAGCUCGCUACUGGUCAGAGCCCCGCAGUUAUUGAGUCAUCUGGCUGCAACGCUGACCUUUAGCGACCUUUUGUGUUGAAAGCGGCACUGUUGGAAUCGGGGGAGGGGCGGCAGUGAAGGCGAAAGAGACCUCGGCUGUCGAGCACAGCCAGGUCUGCGUUAAAAACUUACCGAAGAUUGCACACAGUCACGCUCAGCCAACCAGCCCGUCUCCCUUUCCGCCUCUGCGGGCUCAGCUCGAGGCUGGAAACUAGCUUGGUGAUUAUCUAGGGAGAGAAGUGUGUUUUAUAAGAGGAGCAGGUAAUGCACUCUUCCCAUUACGAUAAUCUGCGGUCUGACCCUUUUUUUCCGUCGAGCCCGACUAGUUUCCAGGCAGCCUUGCACAACGAGGGGUGGGAGAGUCUAAGAUGUAUGUAUGCCUGAGAGGGGAAGCGGUCACCAGGAUUUUCCCGUGUAUGAGCAACAUGGCUAUCUACUGUUGCGCACGUUGGUCAAUGUUAUUGGCUACUUUUUUGUUUUCUUUUUUACAUGUACUGUACAUAAAAUAAAAUAUAAAGCAAUACGUCUGCUGGUGUGGAUGGAUCACUUUGUCACUGAUGAUCAGAAGACGUGCUUUUACUUUGGUAGCUCGGGUUAUUUGACCUCAUAUUUGUAUUGUUUUUAAUUGUUUAUUUGCUGAAGGGAGGUUACAGCACAGCCGAUGAUGUUCAGAUUUUUAAAGGGGCAUUUCACCAAUCAUAUACAUGCCCGCUACUAUGGACUAAUGUCAGUAAUUUUCGUCCUUUGCUGCUUCAGUUUUGACAAACCUUUUUUUUUUAAUCCAGUACUCCAGCAGUCUGGAAGUGUAAUACUAAAUUGCUUGAGGGGUCCUUUGCUACACUAAAAUGCAGAUUUUUCAUGUUACUCAGCCUCCUGCAUAUUUAUUUGAAAGUAGAAUAAUGAAUGUAUUAAUGUCCUGGGAGCCUCAUUAACACCUCCUGUUGGGUGCUGAUGUCAAUGCUGUGCCUUGAAAAAAUUCAUUUUCAACUCUU